AUGGAGAAGCCAGAUAUCGUGGAGUCUCCGCGAAAGCGACAGAAGACCGAAGAUGUAGCCUCAACCGAGGUGGCUAUCACCCUUGAUGGCGCAACUGAGACCAGCACCGCGGUCUCAGACGCGCAGACUCUGAAGGAAGCCGAGGUCGGAAUCACGGAGUUUGUGAGCAACGACACUGAGGGAUUCUCAGGUAUCCUGAAAAAGAGGUACACAGAUUUCAUGGUCAAUGAGAUCAUGCUCAACGGCGAAGUUGUCCACCUCCGAAGCAUUGAUAGUCCCAGCAAGCCCGAACCUACUACGACAGAGCCUGUCCCUGCGCCAAAAGCCCCCGGAGCCGAAACCCAGGCUACGGAGCAACCCGAGGGUACUCCGGCCAAUGAUGCGGAACAGCCAGCUGAGUUCAAGGUUUCGGAAGAGGACCGCACUCUUCUGGACGAAUACGUUGGCGCUCAAAAUGCUACCGAGAUGAUUGCGCUUCACAAGAUCGCUAUGGCUAAGCCCAAGAGUCGGCCUAGUGAAUUCGGAAAGGUCACUUUUGCCGUGUCUGAUCGCGACCUUCGCACCAAGAUCCACCAGGCUAUCCGUCGCAUUUUCAACUCUCAGCUAGAGUCUACUACCGACGCGGAGGGAAAUAUGUCCAUCACUGCUGCGAGCAACCGUUUCAAGCGUGGUGCGACCGCAGGACGAGCCAAUGGCCGGGUCCAGGGCCACCGAACAAACUGGGAAGAACUCGGGGGGCCAUACCUGCAUUUCACCAUCUACAAGGAGAACAAGGACACAAUGGAAGUCAUUGGUUAUAUCUCCCGCUCGUUGAAGAUGAACCCCAAGUCUUUACAAUUCGCUGGAACCAAGGAUAGGCGGGGUGUGACUGUGCAGCGUGCCUGCGCUGUGCGUCUUCAAGUCGAUCGGCUUGCACGAGUGAACUCGGACCUCCGCAAUGCUUUCAUUGGAGACUUUGAGUACCGCAAGCAAGGACUCGAGCUCGGGGAUUUGCAGGGCAAUGAGUUCGUGGUUACUCUGCGCGACGUUGAAAUUCCCGGCGUGAGCAUGAGUGAUCCUCAGGCUGCAAUUGCCAAGGCCUCCGAGGUAGUCGGUACAUCGUUGAAGAACCUAUACCAACGAGGAUACUUCAACUACUACGGUCUCCAGCGAUUUGGAACCUUCGCAACCCGAACGGAUACAGUCGGCGUCAAGAUGCUGCAGGGGGAUUUCAAGGGCGCAUGCGAUGCUAUUCUGCACUAUGCUCCUGAAUCUCUUCAGGCGGCAAUGGAGGGGAAAAUGUCUACUGCUAACAUCGGCACUGAUGACAAGGAUCGCGCCAUGGCAAUCAAUAUUUUCCAGACAGGCGGUAACGUCAACGACGCUCUGCAAAAGAUCCCGCGCAAGUUCUCCGCUGAAAACAAUCUAAUCCGCCACCUCGGCAGGAAUAAAAAGGAUUAUCUGGGUGCGCUGCAGUGUAUCCCCCGGAACCUGCGAUUGAUGUACGUGCACGCAUACCAGUCACUUGUCUGGAACUUUGCUGUUAGUGAGCGCUGGCGACUCUACGGCGACCGAGUGGUGGAAGGUGAUCUUGUCAUUAUCCAAGAGCACCGCGAGAAGGAAUCUGGUUCCGCUGUCGAGGCUGCCGAGACUGUCGAUGCCGACGGUGAAAUUAUCGUUGUUCCUCAGGGCGAGGACAGUGCUGUUGCGGCCGAGGACAUGUUCAUGCGAGCACGUGCCCUGACGGCUGAAGAGGCAGCCAGUGGCAAAUAUACCAUCUUUGACUUGGUUCUUCCCCAGCCCGGAUAUGACAUCAUCUACCCUGAAAACGAAAUGAAGGGAUUUUAUGUUCGCUUCAUGCAAAGCGAGCAAGGUGGUGGCCUUGACCCGUCCAACAUGCGCCGCAAGUGGAAGGACAUCAGCCUUAGCGGUGGCUACCGUAAGAUUUUCAGCCGUAUGGUGGGAGAUAACUACUCUUUCGACGUGAAGCUUUAUUCCAAGGACGAUGAGCAGUUCGUCAAGACAGAUAUGCAGAAGUUGAAGCCCGAGGAUGAGAAAACCGAUGCCGCUACGACCGAUGAGACCACAGCUGAUAAGCUAGCUGUUGUUCUCAAAUUCCAGCUGGGAUCAAGCCAGUACGCCACCAUGGCUCUUCGGGAAUUGACUCACGGAAAGGCCACAGCCCACAAGGCUGACUUCGGUGGCGCAAGAUGA